AUGCCAGAAGUUAUUCGACAAAUGGUAGCUCAAGAGACAAAUAAGCCUUAUGUGCCACCAAAUAUUGUUACAACUGUAAAGGAUGCUGCCAAUAUUCAACAAAAAGAGCGGGGACCACAAAAUGUCUAUUCUUCUGGUGAUCACAAUCUUGAAAACGAUCUUUAA